ACUUACCCCUCCAGUCAAGGGAAAAGUCACAUUCAGAGUGCCCGGUUUUCAGCGAAAGAACUGAGAAAAAGUUAAUUUUGGUGUCCAUCUCCUAGGAUAAAUGUCCCGUAUUGUGCAGUAUCUGGAGACAGGACGCCUGGACUACCUGAAGGCACUGCGCCUGCAGCAGUACUUUGCCAAGAAAGCCGUCACGGAAGACGCAACCAAAGAUUUUCGCAAUGUCUUGAUCCUCACGGAGCACGAGCCCGUCUACACCGUGGGCAUCCGAUCAGCCGGAUGUUCGCCGCAGGAUGAGGUCAGACUACAGCAACUGGGAGCUGAAUUCCACAGAACAAAUCGCGGAGGACUGAUUACAUUUCACGGCCCUGGGCAACUCAUAGCCUAUCCCAUACUCAAUCUGCGCAACUUCCAGCCCAGUGUCCGGUGGUAUGUCAGCAAAAUCGAAGAGACCAUCGUAGACUUGUGCAGAAAGUAUAAUAUAAAUGCCGGAAGGACGCGAGAUAUGGGCGUCUGGGUGAAUGACAAGAAGAUUUGUGCUCUGGGACUUCACAUUACUCGCCUGAUAACAUCCCAUGGGUUGGCUCUCAAUUGCAAUACAGACCUUUCCUGGUUCCAGCACAUUGUCCCAUGUGGCCUGGUGGGCAAGGGCGUGACGUCCAUCAGUGAGCAAGUGGAGAAAAAUGUGGAAAUUGCUGAUGUCAUUCCGCACUUCCUGGAUUCCUUCAAGGCAACCUUUGAGUGUGAUUUGGAGAAGUUCCCGGACGCCGGACGUUUCGACCUCUUCAACUACAUCAAUGACGAUGAAUCUCAGCCGAAUGAUGUGGCCAAGAUGAAGAGGAAGCAAUAAAAAAAAAUUGUAACCAAAGCACUUUUAUUCGAUCAAUAAGAAUGCGAGUAGUAGUAAA